CUCGUUUAUACCUCCCCGUCUCCCCUCGUCUCCUCCUGCCUCUCCUUCUAUUAUCCCUCCAUCGCUAAGUUUCAAAGCUACUCGCUUUGCCCCUCACUCCCCUCCCUCAUCGCUGUCGUCCUCAUCUGAGCGGCUGAACGGCUGAACUCUUCUUUGGCUAUCGACCGUUAUUUGCCAGAACUCUCAACGAUUAGCCUGGCUUCGCCCGUAACGCGUCACGAUGGGCGACAACAGCGAGAAGACGACGAAGCUCGAUAUACCCCCGACAGAUGAGACAGUAGGCCUUGCAACAAGACCUGCCGGCUUCCACCCGGCGGGCAACGUUCGCUAUGGAGGGUUUCGCCAGUAUGUACGGGUAUGCACUUGCGGCAUCUGGUUCCUCACGUGUGUCUUGGUGAUCAUUGCCACCCAGUUUGUCGGUGCGCCGCUCUACUUCGUAAAUCGACAACUAUACUAUGCCUGGAUGGCACGGACAAAAAUGCAUUUCGGCGUUGUCGCGACCACCGUCACGCAGUGGUGGUCACCCACCGUGAUCCGCGUUACCGGUGACAGAUCCGUCCGGCACCAGAUCAAGCGAGGGGCGGAUGGUGAGCUGCAGUGUCAGUUCCCCGAGCGACUGGUACUGAUCGCCAACCACCAAUUAUAUUCCGAUUGGCUCUACCUCUGGUGGAUAGCUUACACAGCCCGCAUGCACGGGUUCAUCUACAUCAUCCUCAAAGAAUCGCUCAAAUACCUUCCUCUGAUCGGACUCGGAAUGCAGUUUUACGGCUUCGUAUUCAUGGCGCGGAAGUGGGAGCAGGACAAGUCGCGGAUUCAGCACCGGCUCUCGAAACUCUCCUCAUCGCGGGAUGACCCCAUGUGGCUAUUGAUCUUCCCCGAGGGGACGAAUGCGAGUAUAAAUGGCCGGACCACGAGCGCCAAAUUUGCGGCAAAGCUGGGGAUCCCCGAUCUUAAACAUCAGCUGUUGCCGCGAUCCACCGGUCUGCGGUUUUGCUUGGAGCAGAUGAAUGAGACGGUUGAUUGGGUGUAUGAUUGCACAGUUGCAUAUGAAGGAGUGCCACGCGAUGGGUUCGGUCAGGAUUAUUUCACACUAUACGCGACAUAUUUUGAGGGCCGCCCUCCGAAGUCGGUGAAUAUGUACUGGCGUCGAUUCGCGGUCAAGGACAUUCCCGUCACCGACCCCGCUGCCUUCGAGAUUUGGCUCCGGGAGCGUUGGAUCGAAAAAGACAACCUUAUUGAUUUCUACAUGGAAAACGGACGAUUCCCGGAAGACGAGGACACUACCGAGGAGACCAAAAACUUGAAUGGAGCCUCUGGGCUCCGACAACGGAUCAUUGGCGGGCAAGAGCGCACUAUCAAUACCACCGGCGGAACAAAUGCAGAUGGGAAAUGGGACGGACCGGUCGAAACUGAGGUCAAAAUUGGACGCUGGGGAGACGUUCUCGAUAUUUUCACCGUGGCUAUGUGGGUAUCCCCGGUCGUUUACUCCCAAGCUUUGUUUUCUCUGUUUAUGCGGUGGCUACUCUGGCUCGGCAAAAUUCUGGGUAUCUUGCGAUGAAGAAUGCAUCUUCUCUCUCAGAAUCCGUGUGUAUUUUGUGGUGCUAACGUGUUCUCCUUUGUCAUCUCUGUAGUGCCAUCGCUCUCAUCAUCAAUGUGGCCCUCCAAAUAACGAGUAUUCUCAAGAAGAUGGCCCACUAGGAGGCAAUUUGGAUAUUUUCGUGUUAUUUUCCUUUGAUCUGGGUGAGAUUCUCGAGUUUGAGGAGGGACUUUUCUUUCGCUAUGCUUUCGGCGUUAAAAGAAUGGCUACGGCGUUUUUUCUUUUUCUUUUCAUCAGUGUGUUCAUAAUUUUCGUGCUGUGUAAAAACAGAUAUAAGAAGUC